AUGGUUCUAAACAAUGUUGGUACGCUCUAUGUAAAAGACCAACUCCAAGCCCUAAGUCUAAUCCUCCUAACUCUACCUCACGAUGGUUUUUCAUGCUAUAGACCAUAUAGAAUCCCAAAGUCGAGCAACUAUCUUAUGGUCCCUGUCUCAGCUCACAAAAUUUCUCCUUUGUUUUGGUGGACUUGUGUCGCAAUUGGUUCUACUAUCUACACAGUUGGAAAAUUUAACAAUUGUGGGAUCUCGUCUAGAGUCUUCUUCUUGGACUGUCGGUCUCACACUUGGCACGAAGCUCCAAGCAUGCAGAUGACGCGAAUGUACCCUCUCUGCGUUAUUGAUGGGAAAAUAUACAUAGUGGAAGGCUGGAACGUUAGGGCUCAUCAGAUUUGA